ACUGCAGCUAGAGGUACAGUCUGACACGAGACAGGAGCAGAGGCUAAGCGGCUCGCGUAAAUCUCACUGUCCGAGUGAUGGAACCGUUGGAGAUCUUUUUAUUCACCUUUAUAAUCUCUCACUACAUCUUUAAAGUCUUCAUCCUCCGGUUUUUUGCUGACAACAUCACACCUGUCGUCUUCAUCACUAACCAUGAAUUGCUCAAUGGAAGUUUGGUCAUCUGAUCUUUUUUUGCGCCAGGACAACCGACCAAAAUUGGAGGAAGAGGAGUCGUUAUGAGCAGCUGCGUAAAUAUUACAUUUCCUGCUCGGAGAACUGGUGUGAAACAGAGAAUUCCAUCCUCUGGAUACCACAUCUUUCUGCGCGUAAAGGACGUGAACACCACGGAUCCGUUCAGCCCUGCCUGAAACACACCGCGCUAUGUUGUAGCAGUUAAGGAGAAGCGCUGUAGUUAGAAUAGAGGCUGUGCUUCUAUCGGCUUUUAGGGGAGCUUUUAUUAUUAUUGCGCGCAGAGCAACUGCUCGCAGCAUUUUCAGCCGCUCAGCUGCUACGGGCAGACUGCUGGAGGACCUGAAAGUCUUUAGACACGCAACAGGCCGCUACAAUCACUGUGAGGCUUUGCUGAAAACAUUUAUAAGUUCACCAGAGUUUUUAAAGCUUCGUCCAGGUGCAGCAGAGCUUAAGCAUGGCUUUACCAGAUAGUGGCAUAUCUGGGGAGGAGGUCCCCUUUCCUGAGAUAAUUGAGCUAAAUGUUGGUGGCCAGGUGUAUAUUACCCGCUACUCUACCCUUACAAGUGUGCCGGACUCUCUGCUGUGGGAGAUGUUCAAUCGAAAAUCAGCCAAAGGACUGGCCAGGGACACCAAAGGGCGCUUCUUUGUGGACCGUGAUGGUUUCCUCUUCCGUUACAUCCUGGACUACAUGCGGGAUCAACAGCUGGUUCUCCCAGACCACUUCCCUGAGCGUGGUCGUCUCCAGAGGGAAGCCGAGUUCUUCAACCUGCCUGAGCUUGUCAAGUUGCUGGCACCUAAAAUCAGCAAACAGAACUCCCUGGGUGACGAAGGAUGUCAGAGUGACCCAGAGGACUCCUCGCCUGGGACUGACACAGCACGUAACCUCGGCUCCCUUGGAGCUGCUGCUGCAGCCUGUGCCAGCCUGGUACCUGGUGCCAUGGAUGGCAAACGCUCUGGGUUCAUCACGAUUGGUUAUAGAGGCUCAUACACCCUGGGCCGCGACAGCCACACUGAUGCCAAAUUCCGCCGGGUUGCACGGAUAAUGGUGUGUGGAAAGACCUCCCUGGCUAAGGAGGUGUUUGGAGAGACUCUUAAUGAGAGCCGUGACCCUGACCGCCCCCCUGAGCGCUACACAUCCCGCUACUAUCUCAAGUUCACCUUUCUGGAACAGGCCUUUGACAAGCUGGCAGACGCAGGCUUUCACAUGGUGGCCUGUAAUUCCACAGGAACCUGCGCCUUUGCCCACGAGCAGACGGAUGACAAGAUCUGGACCAGCUACACUGAAUAUGUAUUCUACCGUGAGUGAGACUAUUGGCUUUGUUCCCCUGGCCCCCCCUCACCCUGCCUCCAAGAGACCUUCCCACCCCUCCUCCUUCCUAAAGCCUCCAGCCAUCCUUUCUUGCUCUCUCUGAUGGCUUCUGGUCCAGUAGGUGUACUGUAGAUGUUGUGCCCUUCCAUCUCUCUUUGCAGCCUCUCAUGAACAGCACCCAGCUGCUUUGACUCUUCAUGCCCUUUCUGUGGGUCGAAUCCACAGCUUUCCUCUUCAACCACAAAUCCAACUUCCUCCUCAUCCUCAGGUCCAGCUUUUGUCCUCUUUUUAAGUCGCCGCUCUAGUUGUAGUUCCCAUUGCUCAACUACAGUAGCCCCAUAUCCUUCCCUGCAGAGACUGAUACCCUCUAUGUGCUAUUCCCCUUUUGUACCCUGUAUACUUCAUAUGACUUGGUGAAGCACAAUACUGUAUCCAAGAGCUAAUUUUUUUAAAUAAGCGCUCCAGUGUGUCCAUAUGACUAUUACACCUGUCAUAAGGGCAUAAGGGAAAGGGCUUAAAGAGUUGCUGUGAUGUACAGUAAUAUACUUUGCCUGCGUACUUGAGCAGAAUGGACCGUCUCCUGCUCAUCUGAACUAAAUUACCAAAUAAUUGGACAUCUUAUCAGCCUUGAGGGACACGAAUGGCCCCAGUAUAAAAUAGCAGUGUAAUCUAAUUUCCUUCUGGUUUUAUUAAAUGUGACCAGCAACCACAUGGUGUGGGUACGUGCCAUAGUUAUAAUGUGUUAAGUUGUUGUUUCGAAGGAAUGCAGCUUAAUGCUGCCACGCAGACAAGAAAAAGCAGGGAAGUAGAAUGUAUCCUGUGUGAGGAGCUUCUUCUUCAGAGAAGACGCUGGAUUUGUGGCAAAUGGCUGUCAUGAAAAAGUUAAAACAUCAAGAAGUCUCAGAAUAAAAAAAGAUCUUUGUAUUGAUUGUGCAAUGAAGCUAUCAGUAUUUUAAUUACCCACAUGGGGGGGAUGAAAGGUGUGAGAUGUUUUGUUUUUCUUCAUUAACAUUUCUUUGUAUUAUUACAUAUUAAAAAGCUUUCUUUUUUCUUGUUGCUGUGAACCACUUCUUGGGAUAGACUUACACCAUGACCUUUUGUUUGCAAAAGAAAAAAGAAAAUUGAUAGUAACCACAGCUGAUUGUGUUUUCAGUAUCAACAAUAAUGUAACUCUUCAUACUCAGCUCAGUAUUAGAUGAAGCUGCUGCAUAUUUGAUGAUAGUGCUCACUUACUGUAAGUGAAUACCCAUGAGAGAGGGUAGGAUUACGAUGUAGCCAGCCGAAGCCAAUCGUUUUCUCACUGCCGUAGCAAGGGCACUGUGAGGGCAGUUUAAGUUAUACAAGAGAGCCACAUACAGCCUCAGGACAGGUCUGCAUAUCAUAUACCUCAGACUAAAACACAAGCUGAAGCUGUUUAAAGCCAACAAAGGAUCCAGCAGACUGUGUAAAAAAGAGAGAAAAUAUUUAAAAUAUAGAUACAGUAGUAAGAUAAAGAAACGGAAAUUUAUGGUAGUAAGUUUGGUUGGAGAAAGAGACAGCGAACAGUCAGUGCAGAAUUUCAGCUAAGCUAAAAGGUGUUGGAUUGUAGUUUUAUGUCUGACAGUGACAAAAGUUUUUUGGUUAUUUUCUGAAAUGUCUAUAAAUCACAAUGUUGUGUUUCAGUGUGAUGAAGUGAUGUUGACAUCUGAGUCAGUAUGUUAAACCUGCAGUUUGUUUGUACUGCAGUGUGUAUGGCGUAGAUGACACUGAAAUUAGAAGUGUUCAACAGAAGGCAAAGUGAUUUGUUAAAUAAAAAUGUGUUUUCUUUC